UAGCCAACGGAAUCUAUCAAAGCUGAAGCUAAAAUCACAGCAUGAAAAUGGCUUCCACUGCCAUCUCUCUUUCAUUAUCACCAUUCCCUUCGUCUUCUUCUUUAACCGUUAAACCCAAAGCUUCCAUUCUCAGCAACCGCCAUUUAUUCAUUGCAAAGCAUUCGCUUUCUCCUUCUUCACUCUUUACUUCAGCAUCGACAACAAGAAGAACAGAGCGAGUUUGUACUUCUUUCACGAUCAAAUGCUCGUCGGCUUCUUCUUCUUCGGAUACCCUUCCUUCUGCUCUUCUUUUUGACUGUGAUGGUGUUCUCGUUGAUACUGAGAAGGAUGGUCACCGGGUUUCGUUCAAUGAUACUUUCGAUGAAAAAGAAUUGGGUGUUACGUGGGAUGUGGAUUUGUAUGGAGAGUUGCUCAAAAUUGGUGGGGGGAAAGAAAGAAUGACAGCUUACUUUAACAAGACAGGGUGGCCAGAUAAAGCUCCAAAGAGCGAAGAAGAAAGAAAGCAAUUCAUUGCUUCACUUCACAAACGAAAAACUGAGUUGUUCAUGGCCCUUAUUGAGAAUAGACUGCUACCUCUUCGUCCCGGUGUAGCCAAGUUGAUUGAUCAAGCUUUGGAGAAAGGAGUAAAAGUUGCAGUGUGCAGUACAUCCAAUGAGAAGGCGGUCUCUGCAGUAGUUUCUUGUCUACUGGGACCAGAACGUGCAGAAAAAAUACAGAUAUUUGCCGGAGAUGUGGUUCCUCGUAAGAAACCUGAUCCAGCCAUCUAUACAUUAGCAGCAAACACACUCGGUGUUGAACCGUCAAGCUGUGUUGUUGUAGAAGACAGUGCCAUAGGACUUGCUGCUGCCAAAGCUGCUGGAAUGACUUGCAUAGUGACAAAGAGCGGUUAUACGGCCGAUGAAGACUUCUUAAAUGCAGAUGCAGUGUUCGAUUGCAUUGGAGAUCCACCGGAAGAGAGGUUUGAUCUAGCAUUCUGUGCAAGCCUUCUUGAGAAACAGUACGUUGGUUAAGCCUCAUAGUAUUAUUUUGUUUCUAUGGUUUAAUUUUGUUGUCUAUACAAUUUAUUCCUAGUCUGUCAUGUUUGGAGAGAAAUUAUCACUGUAAAACUGAAAAUUAUAGAUUCAA